AUGUUCUCCCCAGCUCAAGAAGCCAUUCAAUACGAGCGAGCGGUUCUAUUCGGACCUCUCAAGGAUAUCGACGCAACACUGUAUUCGGGAGCACCGAAUGAACGCAAUAACGCAGCAUGGCAAAAAUUACUUUCAGUUGGCAUUGUCGACAUUGACAGCUCAACUGCUUCGCUUUUGGAAGACCCGUCCAUGGAGCUUAGGGACCGCCCAGGCCACGUAAGGGUAGGCUUGGAUGUUUUUCACCAACUUCACUGCCUUUACAAUCUGCGCAAGUUUGCAUUUCCAGACUAUCCAUGGGAUACGUGGGGAGAAAAGUCUGAACACUCCCUCCACGAUCAUACCGACCACUGCAUUGAGUAUCUCCGCCAGACAAUCAUGUGCAACGCAAACGUCAAUACCAUUUCAUGGCGAUGGAAUGCAACUGCAAAGGCAGCUAUGCCUGAUGUACGCAUCUCGCAAUCGUGUAGAGAUUUUUCCAAAAUAUACGACUGGGCGGCAAGUCACGCCGCAGGAGGGAAGAUUCUACCAAGUUUCCAAGAGGCUGGUUUGCAGCCACUGAUCAAGGGAGGGGCACCAUGCCCUGAAGUAGAGUACUGUGAGCCAUAG